AUGGAUGCGUACUUUGCCAAUGGCCACAGCUCUUGGCUGGCCAACCCCGGCCCCGAUCAGCCGCAGACAUCGUCGUCGCCUGGUCCGACACAAAAUGGGAACGAUGAAUGGGCGAAGACGGGCAUCGAUUUGUCGGACUUUGGAGUUGGCCUCGGGGACCUGCAGGCCCCGAAUUCCAGCCCGACAAAUGCUGCGUCACUGCACAAUAUGUACCAGUUCCCAGUCAACGGGCCGUUCUUCUCGACAAUGGCCCCGUUCAACAUCCAUCCGUACGGCCACUCACCCCCUCCAUCGGGGUGGCCUUCACAGAAUCUUCCACUCUCGUCAUAUUCAACACUCAAUGGCGCAACGACCACUGUAGGCUCCAGUCAGCAACAGCAGCAACAAGUAUCGAGUCAGCCACCAGCGUCAGCACAGCAACCAAUGAUCGAUCCGGCGUUAACUUCCGCAAGUAGCGCCCCGUCAUAUUCCCCGCCGCCUCCAUCCGCUUCUCAGGGUGCUCAACAUAGCUCAACGAUACAAUUCAACAACGUAUUUCAUCAUCAUCAACAGCAACCUCAAGUCCCCCACUCGCCUACAAUACAUCAGAUGUCGUCUGCCUACCUCAUGCAUCAACAGCAGCAACAACAACAACAGCGGACAUUGAACCCUCAACAAUUGACCAUGCCAUAUUCAUACGUCUAUCCCAUUCAGCAGCACCACGUUCAAUCUCCCAUGCAGACAAACCUUACUGCUACUUCUUCACAUACAUCCACUCCUCCUCCCGCUUCUAGCUCUAUUUCUUCAAACUCCACCGUCCCUCCCGCUUCUGCCUCCGUAUCUGUUCCCGUAGCCUCUGAUCCCUUGGUUUUUAAGCAAAAACUUGAUCGAUUACUUACCUCCUCUGCACUGUCUGAUGCAAACACAGUGCACCGAUUAAUGGAUGCCAUUGCGGAUCACGGCAAUGCGAAUGUGACUCCGGAAAUGCGGGCAGAACUUGCCAGCCGCAUUCGAGAUGGUGCAGGGAAUGCCUUUUUUGCAGCAUGGGCGCGUGAUGCGAAGGCGAUGGCAUUGCUUUUGAACUGGCUCAAAGCUGGUGUUACUGGUAAAGAUGAGGGACGCUGGGAUAGUACUGUAAUGCCACUCUUGCACGUGCUUGAUCGAUUGCCACUCACGAUAAGUCUCUUGAAAGAGCAUAGGCCGGGUAAACUGACCAAUGCACUACUAAAAUCGGAUACUGUAUCUCCUGCGAUCAAAGAUAUGGCUUCGAAUAUCGCAAAUAAAUGGCGAACUCUAAUUGAACCGAGCUCUGGUGGCAGCACGAAGGACAAGGAUGCAUCCUCGUCCUCUGCGGCAGUGAAAAAGGUCGAGAUAGAGGACAAAACAAAGAAAAGAAAGUUGGCCGAUGGAGCGCCGAAGCCGCCGUCGAAGGUUGCUGUUGUUUCGUCCGCAGCGAACUCGGCGAACGCUGCACGGUCGGCGGUGAAGGUGAAGAAGGAGAAGGUGGUCGUAACGGCAGUGAAGGACGCCAAAGCAGAUGCAUCAUUCUUUUCUGCGCCGAAACCGAAACCGCGAUUACCGAGCUUCAAGAAAGCGCCAGCGCCGGCAACGACAUCCAACAUGGCGCCUGGCGGAACGAGCUCAAGUGCGACUGUGGCACAGCCAAGCCAAGUGAACGCAUUUGAACAGGCGCUCAAAGAGAUGAAAGGGCGUGCGACUGCUGUUCCGAUCCCCCCUGUCGCGAGUAAGAGUGAUAGCUCAAGCACGGAAUCAAGCACUGUUACGAAAGCAUCCACACCGGAUCCUCUUAAGAACGCCAAGAAGCGGAAAUCCGUGUCAUGGGCUCCUGAAGGCCACCUCGAGAAGGUGAGGAUCAUUGAAAAGGCCGUGUAUGAUGACGAUCCUGCCGAUGCUACGCAUGGAGCACAUAGCAUCCGCGAUUUAGAGCGUGCUGAGGGUGCUGCGAUGCAUUUCCAUCUAUUUGAGGAAGUAAUCGAUUGGUAUAAACCCCAAGACAUUGAAUUCCCUUCGGAUAUCGAUUCAACGGAAAGAGGAGGUCAGAGUGAGGAAAAAUCAGUUCAGGAAGAGCGGGAAAAGAAUACACUCCGUGCUGACUAUUACGCCGAGGACCAAAUUCCCGAGACGCCGGGCGAGCCUCUCUCGCAGAUAGCCCUUGAACAGGUAGACACAGAAGCACGGACGAUGGUAGUCGGUGCGGACAUUCAGCCUUUCUUCCAACAUGCUAUGAGUGUAGCGGAUCUCGUCGGACAGCUUGCUGCAAACACUAACAGCACAUCAGCUGGUGGUGCAUAUGGAAAUGUAGAUGGUUCUACUGCUCAGAUUAGCGAUGGGGACGUCACUAUGAGCAAUGUUAACAAUGCAUUAGGAGUCAGUGGAGGCUUUGAUCUCAGCAAGUUGGAUCCGAAUGCACUCAGCAACCUUGCUGCAUCACUCGGGUUGACCGGCUUUAAUUUUGCUGGCGGAGCUGGCGCCGCCGUCACCCAAGAAACUACCAACAUGAGGAACGAGAGCGUGAUGAACGCAGUGGACGCGGAGGCAUGCGUGGACGAGGCCGAGGAGGGCGGGGGCGUGGAGUCGGAGGCGAGUUUAAAAGUAGACGACGAUGCAAUUACUAUGCACAAGGAAGGCGAGCAUCUAAUCCCAUUCUCUUCUUUGUGUGAAUCCUCUGCCGAUUUGGUGAAGCGUGUCAUUUUCUUCAUGAAGGUCCGCCGGCCGGUCAACAAGGCUAUUAUGAUUAGUCAGCGGCCGUCGCCGCGAGCGCCGAACCGAGUCUUCUAUUUUAGUAACUCCAUCAAUAGCGUCGAAGGUCGAGGUGGCGCGGGUAAACGCCGCAUUCUUUUUGAGUAGGCUCUCUUAACCACUUCCGUGUUUAUUCCAUACAAGGUCGAUUCUUUAGGGAUUUUACGCGACAUGCAAUUAAUUCUUUUUAUAUUUUAUUCUCUCGAUCAUUCUACACUUUAUACUUCCAUUUUUGCACGCAUGCUUGGAGCACUUGUCAUUUCAAACACACAUAUUUGUUCUUUAUUUCAUGUAUAUUUCCCCCUCUCUUUUCUUCCUCCGAAUCGAACCCUUUAACAUCGCACAUUUC